AUGUUGAAGAAGACAAAAUGCAUGGUUGAAGAACUCUAUGAAUCCUCACAGAAGGGGUGUGCAAGCAUUUUGACCACAUUGAUCCAAAGGGAUGCACUCAUUCUUCGUGAAGUUUCACUGACGUCCCUCAAGGAUACUCCCUUACAUAUAGCAGCUUUGCAUGGCCAUCUUGAAUUUUGUAGACUUCUUCUUAGCAAGAAACCUACAUUUGCAAAAGAUGUGGACGCGUUGGGGCGAACUCCUCUUCACUUGGCUUCUGCUGAGGGCCACAUUAAAAUAGUACAAGCAUUGCUGCAAGAAAAUACAGAUGUUUGCUUAGCUUCUAAUCGGGACGAGAGAAUUCCUCUCCACUUAGCCGCAAUAAGAGGACGAAUAGAGAUCGUAAAAGAGUUAAUUUCUGCUCGACCAGAGUCUAUCAAGGUGAAUCUCAAUGGAGAGAGUGUUUUACACUUGUGUGUUCAAUAUAAUCAGUUGGAUGCUCUAAAAUUGUUAGUGGAAUCGGCUAGUGGUGAUGAAUUAUUCCUCAACUCCAAAGACCACAAUGGCAACUCCAAAUUGCAUUUAGCUAUGUUAACAAUAUAUCUUCUACCCCAUCAUCAGACUCUAACACUAUCUCAACAACCAAGCUGUAAGAGAUUUGUUCUGUUACUUGAUAUAUUGCAGUUGCUGAUAUAG